AACAACAUGAUCAGCAUCCAAUGUCGAACACUUAAUGAACUAUUGAUUUUGGGGAAUUAUUUACAGCUACACUCUUAUCCUUUUCGAACUGAAAACGAAAUUGACUUCUCUACCAGAAUAUGCAAUAUCAGCAACUUCUGUCAAUGCAUUUAGAUCGAGAUUUCGCCUUCACAGUACUACAAGAAUCAAGGAUUGAUAUAGAUCGAUUGACCUCCCGUUCUUACUGCUAAAGACUGGCGUUGUACAUCGAGGUUUAGGAGCGCUCUAGUCAAAUUGUUUGUCACCAUGUCUUCUACAUCACGCCUACUUUACCGACAUGUAGCGAGUGACAAACCUUGGUCAGCCGUCCAUUUUCGUUCGGCGAGGUAUCGGUAUUAUUCCAAGGGUUUCAUACAAAGUCUCAUUGAUAAAGUUAAGGAAGAAUCAAACAAAGACACAGAAUUAAAAGAAAAUAUCAGAAAGUUUCGAGAAGAAACAGCGAAAUUGGAACAAACAAAGGAGUUGCGCUCUGUCCGGGAAUUUUAUAAAAAGAUAGAAAAAGAAAUACCAGUUGAUACUGUAGGAAAAGUGCGAGACACUUUUCAGUCUGUUAAAAGCAGGAUCCGUAACGAUGCUCAACAAUUCACUCAAAACGAAACACUGAGAAAGGGUGUUGAAAAUUUAUCAAAAGCCGGUGAGCAUGUUAAGGAUGCCACUAAAUCACUAAGUGAAACAGAGUUCAUCAAGGCUGCUAUAAAAGGUGUUGAAGUAGUUGGGAAGGAAUUAGAAUCAGAAAGGUUUCAAAUGUAUCAAGCUCCAAAUAUUUUAAAAACAAGAAAUGAAAUAUCUGGCAAGAAUGAAGAACGCGCAAUACAACCAGAUAGUGAAAGUUCUGGUGUCGUCGUGCACAAAGAUUCAAAAUGGUUCACUGCAUGGCAAGAUUUCAAGGAAAAUAAUCAGUACGUCCAAAGAUUUUUUGACCUGAAAGCUCACUAUGAAGAGAGUGAUCAUUUAGUCAUUCGGUCAUUACGAUUUGUAACUGAUAGACUAUCAAACCUAUUCGGUGGCCUGAAAUCAACAAAUGAUUUACAACAGGUGCUAGAUGAAAUAAUAAAAAUGGAUCCUUCUUUUAAUUUGGAGUCAUUUAUACGUUAUUGCCGAUUUAUCGUUAUUCCGAAUGUACUUGAGGCUAUAGUAAGGGGAGACUUACGUAUUCUCCACGAUUGGUGUCAUGAAGCGCCGUAUAAUGUUCUGGCAACACCUUUAAAACAGAUGAAAGAACUUGGGUAUAUUUCUGAAUCUCGCAUAUUGGAUGUACAUAAUGUUGAUGUUCAAAUGGGCAAAAUGAUGGAGCAAGGACCAGUGCUGAUAAUCACAUUCCAAGCACAACAAAUAAAUUGUAUUCUUGAUAAAAACGGAAAUUUGCAUGAAGGUGAUCCAAAUAAAGUACUACGUGUGACUAAUGUUUGGGCUUUGUGUCGUGAUCAAAGUGAAAUGAAUCCAUUAGCUGCAUGGCGUGUGUUAGAUAUUGCCAUGAUGCCAUCUGAACAAUGGAUGUGAUAAUUGUUCUUAUACAGCAUCACAAAUUGUGUAUUUUAAAUAAGGAUUGAUAAAUAUCUUGUUAUUAAUUUUCCAACAUUGAAAAUGUAUGUACAGCUUGAUUACCUAAUCUCUUGAACAGCAAUGCUUUUUCAAUCUCUAGACUUCAUAGAACACGCAAAAUUAUCAUCUAAACUUUAGUCGAUUAAGAUUUUGUGCAUAAUUUCUUAAUUUGAGUGACUUUUCUUCUACAUAAAGCAUUUAUAUGUAAGUAUUAAACUAGAUUUUAGUCAAUACAAUGAACUUAUGCUUCGUUUGUUCGAGCAGUUUGAAACUAUUUUUUGUCUUUUUUUGCAUCAAACAUUUGUAUUCUUUCUCAAUGUACUUCUUGCGAAUUAUUUUAUACAUAAUUCAAUAUUUCUCCAUAACUGAUAAGGCUAAACAACCAAAUACCAAUGGGAUGAUCACGUACUAGACAGAAGUAAUCUUUUGAGCAUAUACAUCAAAGAUGAAAGUGCUGAGAUUUCUAUUCCCCUUCACAAUUUUUUGAGUUUUCUGCAUAUUCAACCCACACACAGUUUGCGCAUCCAGAUUCACAACAAUCGGAACGGUGUGGCGGUUCUGGUUCAGAAUCAGUAUUUGAAAAAUAGUUUCGUCUCCAUGGACGUAUUAACCAAUUGGAUAUAGUAGAAUGAUUGAAAUUCAUUUUACGUAAUAAACCCAUGUACACUCACUUCAUGACAUGUGUAUAAAACAAAACAAAAUGAAUAGAAGUUUUAUAGUGAUUAAAGCUUGUAAGUGAACGGAUGAUUUUUAAUACAAAUUGUGUACUCAUUUAAUGAAUGAUGUACUAUUCAUAUAAUUAAUGUAUAUUGAGUUAUCAAAGGUGAUCGAAAUAAUCAGUAUAUCUACGAUUUCUGGUUUGUAUUGCAUAGUUGUACAAAAUGUAAGAUAUCUG